UAAUGGAUAACUGUAUUAAUUUGGAGUUCAUUAAUGAUGACAACUGCAUUAAUAAUAUCAGUGAUGUAUUUAGCAGCGUAAAGAAUUUAAAUUAAUAAAUAGAAAGUUCACUUAUAAUAUGUUAAUGAAUUUAGUUAAAUUUUUGGUAAUAAUGAUUUUGAUAUCAUUAAUAUUUGCAUGGUUGAUGAAUGUUUAAGAGAUACCUUCUACAUUGUAAUAUUAUUUGAAGUACUUAUAAUUAUUCUAAUAAUGAUAAUAUAAUUAUUUUAUAAAUUAAUGAGAUCACUUUCUUAAGUUUGUAUCACUGAAAAUUCAGAAAAUAUUGAAAAGUUCAUCUUCAAACAGAAGAAAGUAAUCACAUUGAAAUCAGACUCACCUAUUUUAACCAAAAGACUUAGUCAAUAACCAAUUGUUAUUUUAUCAGAUUCACCUCCUAAAAAACAUAAAACUUGUAGUAGUGAAAUUCCUUUAAGUAAUGGAAAAAUGUUCUUGAAGGAUGGUAAGAUCUUGUUCUUAAAGUAAAAACUACCAAAAUUAGAGUUACCAUAAGCAAAAUGUAAAUUUGAUCCAAAAGCUGAAAUCCUUAAAUGGAUUCAAACAAAUAAAAAUAUAUCUCCAACAAAAAAGAGAGUUACCUUUAGGGCUAUUAAAGAAUCUAAUGGCUAAAAUAGAAAAUCAUUAAUCUUUUGA